ACGCAGCGUUCGUUUUUUCAUCCAAACGCAGCGAAACGCAUAGUGAGCUAGACUUCGUCUUCUUCGUCCCACAAAUCCCAAAUCGUGACUUCGAAAUCCCAAAUCAUGGCAUAAAACUCUUUGAAAUCCCUAAAGCCCAAAUCCCUAAAUCCCAAAUCACAGAAAACACAUAAAAUUCUUCUCUUUGAAACCCUAAAUCCCUAAAUCGUCUUCUUCGAUCUCUUUGAAACCCCAAACCGUAUUCCUUCUCCCACCCUCCGCCGCCGUCGCCGUCAGUACCAGGUUGUCGGGAGAGGUUUUCCAAACGGAAUCAGAUCCACACCCAAAGAUUUUUCGUUUGAAGCUUUGGGCUACCAAUGAAGUUCGUGCUAAGUCCAAGUUUUGGUAUUUUAUAAUGGUUGUGAAUUGCAGCAUGGUCCAUAUGAGCGUUUGUUGAACAGGGUUGAAGCGUGUGCUAUUGAUACAUGGCCUCAAUUGGUAACAAUUUCUAUUCCCCUUUAGUAAACUAUGAAAUUAAUUAACUUGAAAUUAACAUGCAUUUAUAGACUUAGUACUGGUCAUUGUCCAAUCAGAGUCAGUUAAAUGUUGGAAUUAGCUUUUGAAUUAUGCUCUUCUCUUGUUUGUUUAAAUGUACUGUACUUUUGUUAUGAUUCAAAAUAUCAAACUUUGAAUUGCUGUGACAUUUGAUUCCAAGUACCAUCCCCUGUGCAAAUUGGGAAUAGUGAGGACAGUUGUUUACCUUGGAAGAGUCGAGUAGCUCUAGGUAAAUUGUGUGAAUGAGAAAGAUAUAAUGAAAUCCAUAUAAUGAAAUCCAUCUCUCAAACUAAGGUCUUACUUACUAGUGUCCAUCAUAGGGUAAUAUGUCUUGUUUGCUGCUAUUUUGACUCUGGCUGCAUUACUAUAGUGCUCGUUCAGUAUCAUGCAAACAGUGUUGAUUUUGAUGGUGUUUGUGACUGUUCUGUUGUGCUACUGAACUGAAUUUCUUUCUGCUUAUGAAUGUAGGGAUGGUGUCAGUUUAACCAAGUGCUGAACAUUGAACUGAGCCAAGUCAUUGAGGUUCUUAAAUUGUUCAAAUUUUCUUUUAAUAUAUGAAUUGUUAAUUUUUUGGAAUUAACCAGUCAUUCAAAUUUUAGGCAUGGUUAUUUAUGUUAUAACCGUUUGUUAGGGUUAUUUGUGUCAACUAAAUGAUGUGAAUUUAUAACUUGAAUUCCUUUUUGCUGGCAUUCUGUCAUGAAAUUCUAUUGCAAACCUUGUAUUUAUGUUAGUAUCAAAAUAUGUUCUCAGGGCACAAGCAGGCCAACACAUUAUCAUGUUCUUUUGGAUGAGAUUGGCUUUUCCCCAGAUGAUUUACAGGAGCUUGUGCACUCGGUUUCUUAUGUAUAUGGUGUGAGUCCAUUUACGCCAUUGAAAGGACUCUUUAUUCAAGGUCCUGUCUUCAUUAGUUUUUUUCUUGCGAUAACCAACAUGGCUGAAAAAAUGCCAUCAUUCAAGCAUGGUGGAGCUUUAUGGUUUGCUGAUCUCUCAACUCCAGAUGCCUUAUACAUUUUUCCAGUUUUAACUGCAUUGUCAUUCUUAGUAGUUGUAGAGUGUAUUAUGCAAGAAGGAAUGGAAGGAAAUCCUGUGGCUGGCACCAUGAAAAAUUUCUCAAGGGUUCUUGCUCUUCUUUCAGUUCCUUUCACCAUGAGUUUUCCGAAGGGAGCAAAGGAAAAUGGCAUCUCAUUCUCAUGCUCAGGCUUAUAAUAAUGCUAAUACUACUGGGUGUCCGUCUGCUCCAAUUGGAAAUUCAGUUAUAAGAUUGAAAGCUCCACCCUCUAUUGCAUCUUAUCCUCGGAAGAACAUACCGCACAGCCAAGAUUCUCUGAGUUCUAUUCAAAUUCCUUCUUCAAUGCCUCUGAGUAAAAUAGGCCCGCAAUGUAACUGUGGAUGCAUACGGCUUGUUAUCAUCAUCAUCAUGCUUAUUAUCAUCAUCAUGUGGCACUCGCAUGCAGGUGUUAGAUAUGCUUGAAGAUGCUUGUGAAUCAUUGCUAGAAAACAUUAAUGGGCUCUCUGCUUGUUCCCUCUCCUCAAAGAUGCUGGUGCUUUGUGGCUUUAGAUGAUUUUGAAUUUAGUUUCUUAGUCAUUUCCUACGUAAAGUUCAAACUUAAUGGGCUGUAUGCUUGGAAUUAGACUAGAUAAUUAGUGAUAAUGUAGAGCAUUGACUUUUAAUGUGUUGAAUGUAACUUGUUAGGAAUUGACAAUGACUUGUGGAAAAUAAUAUUCGGAAUUAUGCCAAUUUUCUUUUGCGUUAUUAGCUACUAGUAAUUUCUAGGUUGUGCGUAUAAUUUCUACGCCGGAAGACCAUAUAAUUAAUAUGCAGGCACAGGAAGCUACAAAAAACGAAAAAAAAAUAAAAAUAAAACUAACAUACC